AUGGAAGACGGAAUCAAAGACUUGUUAAAGAGAACAGUAAAGAUAUGGGAUGAAUUAGGAGCUGAACAACCAUAUAGAAAAGAGCAUUUUGAACAAUUAUCAAGUCAGGUCAUAUUACUUUAUCAAUCAUUGUUAAAGAGAGAAGAGAAAUAUAAAGAUGAUGUAAUCAAAGAUAUAAUAGGUGGAUUAGAGACUAUAUGUUCAAUGUCGACAGAGUUGGGUGAGACUGUCAAAGAUUUGAACAAACCAUUACAAGCAAUGACCCUAUUACAACGUGUAUCUUUUAUCCAAACUCAACUUGGUUUAUUGAAAAAGAGAACCGAAGAUAGAGCAGUGAUUAUUGAAGACUUGGAAUCAAAGAUUGAAGAGUAUUCAAGGGAUUUGGAAAUCAAAGAUGUUGUCAAUGCCAGCCGAGUCAAUGAGAGUGAAAUCAAUGGCAACGAUUAUUCAAUGGAAAAGAUAUCAUCACUUCAAAAGAAAGUAAAGAAACUUCAACAACAAAGAAAUGAAUCAUUUAUAAAAGUUAGAGAUUUAUCAAUUCAAAUUGUAGAGUUGUGGACUGAAUUGAGAAUUGCACCAGAGACUGAAUUUGAAAAGGCAAUUACAAAGAUGGCAUUGACUGAAUACAACAAUAGUAGUGGUGGUAGUGAAGGUGCAGGUGCAGUCAUGAUUGAUAUCGUAUCACCAUUAUCAUUGAGCACCAGCACUGUUGUAGCAUUGGAUCAAAAGAUUGUCAAGUUGGCAAUCAUCAGAAAGGAGAAUGAAGCAUUGGUAUCAGACUAUGCAAAAAAGAUAACUGCUUUGUGGGACAAGUUGUCCAUACCAGAGGAUGAACGUGAAUCUUUCUUUGGUAAAACUGCUGGUCUUGGUCUUGAUGUUAUUGAAGCUUGCCAAGAAGAAUUAACAAGAGUUGAAGAUAUUAGAAGAUUGGGAUUAGGAAGAUUUAUAAAUAAUGCAAGAGAGAAACUUGGGGAAAUGUACGCGAUGAUUCGUUGGCCACCCGAAAAGGUCGAUGAGUUUAUCGAUGCCGUCGGGUUCCCAGAAGUGUCAGAGGAAAUGUUGGACGCACUCGAAAACGAACACCAACGCACAUCUGAACUCUACCAAUUAUCCAUACCAAUGUUUUCAUUGAUUGAAAAGAGAGAAACUAUCAGAAACCAAAAGAUUAAUUACGAACAAAAUGUACUCGGGGACAAGGAACGUUUAUUAAGUAAAAAGUUUGAUCGUUCAAGAUUCCAAGAGGAAAAGUUGAUGCAACAACAACAGGAUCAUGAAAAGCGUAUCAAGGAAUCAGAGAAAAUAAGAAAGGCCAUGGGGAAGAGUGAUAGUACUAAAUCAAAUCCUUCUUCCUCUUCUUCUUCAAGUACUAGUAGCGGUAUUAGUAGUGUUUCCUCUUCCAAACCAGUUCCAUCUAUUCCUUCAAAUUCAACGUCAUCUUCUUCAUCUUCAUCAUCAUCAUCAUCAUCAUCAUCUGUAAAAUUCUCAUCCUUUUCAACUUCAUCCACUAGUUCGUCUAGUUCAUCAUCAACGUCAUCUUUUUCAACAUCUUUACCAAAAACACCAAAUGGCAAACAAACCAUUGCAUCAUCUGUGAAUAGUCAACAACAACAACCACCCAAACCAUCAACACCAUCAACACCAAAGACACCAAGAAUAGCGGCCAUUAAACAACAGGAAUUGAUGCAGUCUCCGUACAAGGCAACCUCGUCGUCGUCGGCCAAGUCAUCGGCCAUUAAAAAGACUACAGCAACAGUGGUAACACCCAAACCACAACCAACGUCUGUACGCGCACCAUUGUCACCUUUGACCAACCAUAUGAUCAACCAUACGGGUACCACCGCUUCAGCUACUGCUGCCAGCAGCGGCAAGAAAAAGGUGGUUGUGAUUGCAGCCGCACCCAGUAGCAGCACCCACAACCUCUCGGCCAACGGUCUCAUUAAAAAGAAAUUGGCUUCUCCCAAAUCAACGACCAAGCCACCUACAACUGUCAAAACAAUCACAAUCAAACAACAACAACCCUCCAACAAAGAAUCACAAACGUCGUCGUCCUCCUCGUUGCAAUCACCAGCAAGUAAAUCCAAAAUCCCAACUUCCAGUAGUAGUAGUAGUGCUGGACGUAAUCGCACACCUCAAAAAACACCAGUGAUUAUAUCGUCGUCACGACCACUCCUUUUUAAUGACCAAUCAAUUGUUUGUCAUCAUCAAUACAAUGAUGGAUUCGGUAUUACCCCAAAGAGAUGA